AUGCAAACAGAGCUGAAAAAUCGGAAAGCGAAACUAAAAACUUUAGAACAAGGUCAACAAAUCUGUGAAGGUUUUAUUUUCAUGAAAUACACGCAAGCAGUUAUGGAAAAGAUGUCAAAUGACAUGAAGGAACUAUCAGAAAAUGGAAAGGAAAAACCAGCUAGAUACGAGCCAUCUUUAGAUGUCGAAGAACUGAAAGAAGAUGUCAAAUGUUUAGGGCGUUUGUUAACUGGAAAGCCAGACCAGAUAACACAAAUCGAGUCGGUAAAGAAAAAGAUGGAGAAAGAGCUCCAUAUGAUACGCCGUGAAAAAGAGGAUCUGAAGGACGUUCUAGAUAGGACGAAUGCAAUAGCUGAAGGCCUUAAGAAAACUGUUACUGAGUUACAGUCACGUGUACAAAAGGAAGAACAAAACAACAAACAUCUGAAAACUGAGAAAGAAAAUCAAAACCUGGACUAUGAAAGCAGACUACGUAAAAGUCAAGACGAGUAAGUCUAUACUAUUUAUAACGAAAUAUGAAAACUGUUGAUAGUAUAGAUUAUUAUUUUUUAUAUUUCCUUAUAAGAAUGUAUAUUUAAAGUUAAUUCU